AUGUUGACUGUGUGGUUUGUUCAAUUAUUUAUUUUAUUCAAUAUUAUUGUUGCACAACCACCUACUUGUUAUCGUUCAUCACGAUACUUCGUACCUCAAACAUCAGGCGAUAAUGGUUUUCGUAUAACUGUUGAAGGAGGUUUUAAAACAUACGUUCCAGGACGAACAUACAAAGUUUCAUUGAGUGGUUUCAAAAGUCAGUUUUAUCAAUCCGUGUUUAAAGAAUUUAUGCUUAUUGCUGUUUCGUCAACAUGGUCUGAUGAACAAUCAUAUAAACCCAUUGGACAUUUUGAAUUAUUACCAUCAACAAAUACGAAUGACGAAUCAAUGCAAGAAGCUACAAUUAGUCAACGUAAUUGUCAAGGUGGUGUUACAGAUGCUAAUCCGGAUAAAUCAAAAAAUUCCAUAUCUGUCGAUUGGAUUGCACCACGUCAUCCACAAGGAUGUAUUUCAUUCAAAGCAACUGUAGUACGUUCCGAUACAGUUUGGUUUAAAGAUGAUAACGCUCUUACGUACACAAUGUGCGAAGAUCAAAUGCAUAUGAAAAAAAUGAUGCAACAAUGUUGUGCUUGUGGUGAAGCAAAAUAUCAAUUAACAUUUAAAGGACUUUGGUCACCACAAACACAUAAAAAAGAUUGGCCAUCAACAACAGCACAUUUUUCAACAACUGUUGGUGCUGUUCAUAAUCCAAAUUAUACAUUAUUUGAAGUUGGUUCCUAUGCAAAUCGUGCUCUAAGUGAUUUAGUUUUAACCGGUGAAACACAUACACUUGAACAAGAAUUAGCAAAUGAACAACAUAAUAGAGGAUCAGUUGGUUUACGUUUUGUAACGUCCGGUACAGGGUGGUAUCAAGCUAUUCGAGUUAAUCAUGAUUUUCCUCGAUUAUCUCUUUCAUUCAAUGGAGUUAUACGUAGUUUAAUACUUGCUCGACCUUUAAAAAUAUCAUCUAAUGAAAUUGCGUCAACAAUGAAUGUAUUUACUGUUUCUCCUCAUCAUUCUAAAUUGAGUUUUGUUAGCAAAAUUUCACCCAGUCCUGACUGGUUUACAGGAAUUAGUGGAGUUGAUUUAUGUUUAUCAAAUUGUACAUGGGUAGAACAAUAUUCAGAAGAUCUUUAUCCAUUAGAUGCUGGAGUUGAUAGUGGAAUGACAUAUGCAGCAAGUCGAUUACCAACGGUUCCAUUGGAAAAAAUUCAUACGAUUACUGGUACUGUAUCUCCAACAUCAUCGUUUCAUGAUCCAAUGAGUAAACCAAUAAUGCCAGUAGCACGUGUCACUCUUCAACGUACACUUGUUCGUGGUUCUCAUUGUCCAAAUAAUAAACAAGAUACACAACAACCUCAUAAAACAAAUCAACAAGAUCAAUCGACUGAUAUUGAUUUAUCACAAGCAAAUCAUCGAAAUGAACGAUUAAAACAAAAAUAUGAUUAUUCAGGAAAUUUAGUAUAUGCUUACGAAGAAACAUCAUCACCUGAAUGUCGCACAACAGAAUGGGCACCAUGGUCAUCUUGUUCAGUUACUUGUGGUCAUGGAAUAAAAACACGACGACGUACUUAUCUUAUGCCAGAUAAAGCUUUUCGUCAUCAUUGCAACGAAAGAACGUAUGAUAUGGUUUCAUGUCAUAUGGCAUCAUGUUUAUCAACAAAUAUGAAUGAUCAUUCAAGCAAAUUAAAUAAUUCAAUGUGCAUGGCAAGUGAAUGGUCAGAAUGGUCACAUUGCUCAGUGACAUGUGGUGAAGGUAUGCGUACACGAUCUCGUACAAUGUUAAAAGGUGGAGAUAAACCAGAAUGUCGAUCAGAAUAUCAAUUAAUGGAAAAAGAAUCUUGUCGUGGAAUGAAACCAUUAUGUGAACAAGGUCGUUUAACAGAUAUGAUAGAAAAAAAACGUAUAUGUAUGCAAUCAGUUGAAACUGGUUCAUGUUCACAAUAUGAACGACGUUUUUAUUUUAAUUUGGAUAUGAGUAAAUGUUUAGAAUUUGAUUAUAGUGGUUGUGGUGCUAAUGAUAAUAAUUUUCUUACACGUGAUACAUGUGAAGAUACGUGCGAUAUUUUAUUACGUGGACGAACAGAGGAUGGUAAAGAUACACGUUGUAUGACAUUACCAUGGUCUGAAUGGAGUGCUUGUUCAUCUGUUUGUGGACCUGGAACACAAAGUCGAUUUCGUACAUAUAAAGUUAAAUUUAUGGCUAUGGGAUUUUGUUCGGAACCCUUAGAAGAAUUUCGUGAUUGUGAUACAACAUGUGAUCCAUCACAAAUGUAUCGUUUAUCGGAUACACGAAGAACAAUGAUUAAAAAUAUGGAAAUAGCAGAAAGAAAACAAAAAUGUAUGCAACCACUUGAACCUGGACCAUGUACGAAAUUUAUUGAUAGAUUUUACUUUGAUGUAACAACACGUAAAUGCACAAAAUUUCAAUAUGGUGGUUGUCGAGGAAAUGAAAAUAAUUUUAUGACACAUGAAGAAUGUGGAGCUAUGUGUGAUGAACUUAUUCAAGAUCAUAAAUCAAUGGUUCAUGAUCCACGUUGUCUUGUUUCAAUGUGGACUGAUUGGUCAUCAUGUUCAAAUGCUACAUGUACUAAACCAGGUGUACAAAUACGAACAAGAAUGUAUGCAGAUAAACGUGCAGCUAUGACUGGUUUUUGUUCAGAACGUUUAGAAGAACAAAAACAAUGUACAAUUGAUUGUGAUAAUAAUGCAACAAAAAAUAAACAGAAACAAAUGAUGAUGGAUAUGCCAAAAGCAAUUCAUCGACCUCGUAAUCCAUGUUGUGCAUGUGAUGAAGCAAAAUUUCAAUUAACAUUUCAAGGUCUUUGGUCAAAACAAACACAUCCAAAAGAUUGGCCACCUGAACAUCUUCUUCAUUGGUCUGACAUAAUUGGAGCUACUCAUAGUCAAGAAUAUUCAUUAUGGAAUUUUGGUGAUAUUGCAAGUGAUGGUCUUAAACAAGUUGCUGAAUGGGGUGCAAUUGGUACAAUGCAAAAAGAAAUUAAAAAUCAUACAAAAUUUGGUGUUAUUCGUAAUGUAAUGAUUGUACCUGGUCUUUGGACAGUUAAUGUAAGCAAAUCAACAGCAGGUGCUUUUACAACUUCUAGAAAUCAUCAUUUCUUAUCAUUUGUUACUAUGCUUGGACCAUCACCCGAUUGGGUCGCUGGUAUAUCUGGUCUUGAUUUAUGUCUUCCAAAUUGUACAUGGGUGGAUAGUUACGAAGAAUUACUUCAUCCAAUUGAUGCCGGAACAGAUAUGGGUGUGAGAUAUAAUGGUCCAAAACGACCAGAAAUGACACGUAAACCAAUUUCACCAAUUCUUUCAAGUAAUAUUACAGAUAAUCGAUCACCAUUUUUUGGUACUCAACCACCUCCAUUUGCUAAAUUAACUAUUAAACGAGUGAUGGCACAAGGUGUAUCUUGUCCAAAUGGUCGAAUACAGCAUAGUGAAACAUCACCAGUUAUUGAUUUUGGUCCAAACUUUGUUGAUUUAAGUCGUACAAGUGAAGUCGAAAGUGAAAAAGAAGUUGCAAAAACAAACGUUGAAUUACUUGAUGAACAACCAACAGAUCCACGAUGUAUGACAUCACCAUGGGUAGAUUGGAGUCCAUGUAAUGUCAAAUGUGGAAAUGGUUUACGAACACGAACAAGAAUGUAUAAAAAUACGAAUCAUCAUGGAUGUAAUGAACGAUUAAGUGAAAGUGAAAUGUGUUAUGAAAGAAUGGGUGAUGAUUGUGAUGAUGAAAAUCAACAAGUUGCACCAUGUGCUGUGACAGAUUGGUCAUCAUUUUCACCAUGUUCAGUAUCAUGUGGUCAGGGAACAACAGAAAGACGACGAUGGUAUAUCAGUGAUAGUUCACAUAAUGAUCCAAAAUGUAAAGAUAUUUAUUUAAUUGAAAAACGUCAAUGUCAAGGUGCAGAUACAAUGAAUUGUAAUAAAGUUGAAAAUAAAGAUCGUUGUAUGGCCGAACCCGUUGAAGACAAUCGAUGCCGUGGUUUACAACGAUAUUAUUAUAAUAAAACAAGUAUGGCAUGUGUACCAUUUUCUGGUAUUGGUACAUGUCCUGCUCGUGGUAAUAAUAAAAAUAAUUUUGCAAAUCAAAUGGAAUGUGAAACUGCUUGUAAAAGUUUUCUCGUUCAAACUAAUGAUUUAUCAUGUCCAAUGAGUCCUUGGACUGAAUGGAGUGAAUGUUCAGUAACAUGUGGUUCGAAUGGUAUUCGUCGUCGUAGUCGAGUAUUAUUAAAUCAUCAUAAAACAGCUGAUGAAUAUCGUUGUCGAUCAUUAACAUUUGAAGAAACUCAACCAUGUCAUUUAAAUCGUUGUCCACCUACUGAUUGUGUUGUAAGUCAAUGGAGUAUUUGGUCUCCAUGUACAGGUUGUGGACAAGAUGCAGUACAAACACGUACACGUGUUCCUGUACGUCGUGCACGUAAUGGUGGUAAACGAUGUGGACCAUUAAAAGAAGAAAGAUAUUGUCAAACAACUGUAUCAUGUUAA